AUGGUUGAACAAAGUUCUUAUCAAGAUCUGUUCAAUCCUGGAGACAUCAUCUCCUGUGCUUUCAAAGGACACGAAGCUUAUCGCUCAGCUUCUGUGUACAUUCCAGAGGUUCCCUCUGUGUCAGUGAGUCCCUCUGCUGAGAUAGUGGAGGGCAGUUCAGUCACUCUGACCUGUAGCAGUGAUGCUAACCCAGCAGUUAAAUAUACCUGGUACAAGGAACAACAGCCGAUCAGUCAAGAAAAGCAAAUCACCUUCAGGUCCAUCCAGUCUUCUGACUCUGGAGAUUAUUACUGUACCGCUGAGAAUGAGGUGGGCCGAAGGUCAUCUGAAGUCAUCUCUAUCAAAGUGAAAUAUGAUCCAAAGCUUCCCGCUGUGUCAGUGAGUCCCUCUGCUGAGAUAACGGAGGGUAAUUCAGUGACUCCGUCUGGUGAGAUUGGUGACGACAGUCCAGUGACUCUGACCCGUAGCACAGUCAGUUUUUCUCCUGACAUUAGGAACAAUCAAGACUCAUGGAAAAAAACAGCUGCAGUUGCAUCAAUUACUGUUCUAUUUCUGGCUAUCAUAAUCAUCUCUGGAAUCAUAUUCAUUAGAUUAAGAGAUCAACAGCCUGCAGAGUAUUCAUCAGCACUGUACGGCACAGUCAGGAAAAAGUAGAGUAUGAACAUGAAUGUGUGUCCUCAGUGUACAUAUUUAAUGCUUUUAGGAAGAUACUGCUGUGUAUGGCUGUGUUUGCAUUUUGAUAAAGAAUGAUGCAACAGAUGAAUCAAAAUGUGUCCUUGGACAGUGGACUUCCUGUCCCUGUCUACACGUGUAACUAGUUUCUUGAAGACCUGAACAAGAGGAACAUUACAGAAUUUAUUGAGGCAAUCUUGGAAAAGCAAAAUGUGUUUGCACCACAAGUGCACUCUGAUCAGAGUUCUGAUGGCAACAGCUGCCAGACAGGAUUAAAUAAAAAAAAUCAGUCU